UUGAUGACUUUAAAGGUACGUCCGUGAAUGGCUAGGAACGGUGGCAGGAGCACGCAUCGUCCAUCUCGACCCCGUAACGGAACGCUACCACAUCCCAGCUCAACUCCUCGAUGUCUUCAAGAAAGGCACCCCUCAGAACCAGCUCGUCCUAGCUACCAAGGCGGUGCCCUUCCUCAGUGAGGUCUUCAACGAUAUGCUGGAGGUGGUCAAGAAGGAAGGUCCAUUAGGUCUUCCAUUUUCCAAGGCCAAGUCUUUCACUGAGUUUGAAGAUGACUUCUCACGACUGUGGUACGAGAAUGAGUUUCGUCAAGAGUUCAUCCCAUCGAUUCCUUCGCUUCACACAAAACUAGACAAGGGCAUCAGUAUGUUGGAUGUAGGGUGCGGCCACGGAGCAGGUAUUCUAAAGUUAGCCGAGCACUACCCUUGCAAUCGCUUCGUCGGCAUCGAAAUCGGAGAGGAUAGCGUCAAAUCAGCUCGUGACUUGGCCAACGUCAAGAACCUGACGAACGUUGAGUUCCACUGCAUCGAUGCAACGACCUUGCCUAAGGAUUGGGCCAAUACCUUCGACUACGUGUUCUUCUAUAAUGUCAUCCAGGGGCGUAUGUUCGAGAAUGGCUGGGCGUGA